GUUGUUGUUGUUGUUUUUUUGUUUUUUUUAAAUUAAUCUAUCCAUGCAUCUAUCUAUCCAUCUAUGAACCCAACUCGCCAUCCAUUUAUCUGUCUUCUAAAAAUACAAUAGCGAUGUUUCUUCAGUGACAGCUCGUACUUUUUAUAUUAGAAGAUGGAUUUGAAGUCGACAUACUUUUACCGCUAAGUACAUAUUUUGUGUCGUGAAACUACUAUACCUUAAAUAUUUACGUAACCUCUAGGCGUAAAUCAUGUAGACAAAAAGAAAACGAAAAGUAUUUAGAUUUCCUACAGUACCACGAAGGCACCGCCGCCUGACUCCAGUCGCCUGCUGCUUGUGACGUUGUCGCAGACUGACUCCAGACCCUAGUCCGUCAACAUUCCCGCCUUGUUUGUAUUUUUGGGAACUUUUACAAACAAAGCAUGCUCAUCGCUACAGUCUACAUUAAUUCAAUUUGCUCUUAUUGAGAUGGAAAAGAACUCUGUAGAAGAUGAGUGCGUGGAUUCGGGAGCAGAAACUGCAGGGUCUGAUUACAGUCCGUUGUCAUCUACGAGCAGCGACGUUUGGAUGGGCGACCUCCAGCGGGAUCCUUUCCUGGUGAGCGUCCACCUGAUAGCGGACCCGGGCGAGGGCGACGUCCUUCAGCGGGCAACGGACAGCGUUCUGGCAUGGUUGCACCCUGAGCUGCAGCUCUUCAGGGUGUCGGAGCGCGCCGCCUCCUCCGAGCGUCCUCGACCCAAGCACCGGCACAAUGCUCCUCAACCGGCCUUGGCGGUCAUUUUGUUCCUCCUGGAGGGCAACGGUGGUGGCCAGGAGCUGCUGCUGCUUCCACCUUGGCGCUAUCAUCAUAGCGAAGAUGUGAGUGGCGGGCGGCGCUCGGGAGCGGCGUCCACGCAGGAUUUUUUCACGCUAGGGUCCGGCACUCCGCCGUGGGCUCUGAGGAGGGUCCGCUACGGUAAAGGGACGCUACGUAUGACCCUGUACUGUUGCCAUGACAACUACGCCCACACGGUGCGGUUGUACAAGCUUCUGCUGGGACGCCGGUUGGCCCACAAGAAACCCGACUUCUGCUUCUUGGUGGUCUACGCCAACCCCCAUCUGGAGGUCCAGAUGGCUUUCAGGAAGUUGCCCAGGGGGAGGCGCCCGGCCCCUCUGGACGCGACCGUGGUGGAGGUGAGGGUGCGAGACGUGGGCGCCCUGGUGCCACUCCUGCCCAAUGCGUGCCGGCCCAUCAGUGACGUGAGGUGGCAGACGCAAGACUACGAUGGCAAUAAAAUACUACUGCAGGUGCAAGGUGCUCACUGGAGCCGUCGCCAUCCUCAUCGGGCGGUGCCCCGCCACAGGGACUUGCAUCAUCAGGCGUCUCUGCGCUCCCUCCCACUGGGCAGCCAGGAGGACUUCUAUCCUGAGUGGUGCCAACCCUCAGAGGGACGGGGCGGACUCUCUGGAUCGCUCUUCUCGCUGCCGAACCUCAGCUCCUCGCCGGGACCCCCGGCCAGCCCGCCUCGCCCGAAUCGUCGCAGCCGCUCUCUCCAGCGGAGCGCCUCUCUUGCUCCUCCCUUUCGUCUCAAUGUGGAUGCCCUGGUGGGGGCCGAGGAGACAGACGUGGACACGGGUACCACGGUCCGAGCGGGCGGCGUGGACCUCAGCGUGAUGUCGGCUUACGUCCACCAAGCUUUCCCGCCGGCCUCCCACUACCAGCAUCUUGAUCAGGAAGACAAAACGGCCCUGCCAAAGAGGACAAAAGACGGGGAACGCUCCACAGCGCCACCCAAUGGCGAAAACCAUGAAGCGCUUGUAGAAGGACGUGCAGGAGAAGAAUUUGAGGAAUUCUAUAUUUGAGGUGGACUACGCCGCCCCCUGGGCCUCGAAGUAUGCUCUACUAUUUUUAGAUUGCGUGUAUUUUGAGGCUGUUCUGUACAUUUCCACUGUGGAAGGCUUGGUUUUAUUUUAUUAACAUGAAUGUCUAAAUUUAUAUUUAAUGAACAUUGUUAUGUUUACAGUUAUACAGUUAAAUACAAAUGUUUUUUAUUUCUUUAACAAUAAAAACUUUUUUACAUA